CACCACUCCCUAACAUCUAUCGAUAUGGCUUCUACACCGACGUUGUGCACUUCCUGUCUGCGCGCUGUGAGGAGAGCGGCCACAAGAGUCAAUACCAAGCCUGCGAGCAGCGUACCCAACUCUUCACGAGCGUACACCAAAGCGGCCGCCACAUCGCAGCCAUUGUAUCUCGACUUUCUUGCGCCAUCUGCGUUCAGACCAGAGUUGAGGUCAACUCGGCCCUACAAGAUACGCCCACCGAUCUUCGCACAAGCGCAACACUCGCGACGAGGCCUCGCCACCACCAGCGACCCCUCCGCCGCGAAACCUGCCCACGCCAUCCAGAACCCACGCAACGAUGACUCCGGCUCUCCUAUGACGAUCUCUAUUUCCCCACGUGCAUCCAACCGUCUGCACAAAAUCUCCGCCACCGACGCGAACCCCAACCUCGCAUUGCGCGUUGCCAUCGAAAGUGGUGGCUGUCACGGCUUCCAGUACCUCAUGUCCUUGAUCGACCUUUCGAAAGUCCCAGCAACCGAGGAAGAUACAAUAUUUGAGGGGCAUCAGGGGGAGAAGGUCAUAGUUGAUGAGAGCAGUUUGGAGCUGCUCAGUGGGAGUACGGUGGACUAUACGAUGGAGUUGAUUGGGAGUCAAUUUAAAAUCACGGGGAUUCCGGGCGCAACCAGUAGUUGUGGAUGUGGGACAAGUUUCGAUAUCAAGUUGUGACAGCAUCGGGAUCAGAACUUGAAAGUGAUGAAGAAGUAAAUACCCUGACAGAGGCAAUCGCUGUUAGAUAGCUAGAUACUCAUGCCACCUUCAUAAUAACUUCCAACUCCUGC